AUGAACGUGACCCCCGGCGGCUGCUCGGCACAGAUGCCGUACGGGUACCUGCCCCGCGCCAAGGGCCUGUACAUCGCCACCGAGCUCGCCAUCGCGCUGCUGGCCAUAGUCGGCAACUUCCUGGUCUGUCUGGCCGUCACCCGCAACAAGAAGCUGCGCACCGUCACCAACUACUUCCUGGUGUCGUUGGCGGUGGCGGACACCCUGGUGGGCCUGGUGGCCAUCCCCUGCGCGGUGCUGACCGACCUGGGCCGGCCUCACCACGACCUGCCGCUCUGCCUGGUGCUGCUCAGCGUCCUGAUGAUGCUCACCCAGAGCUCCAUCCUGAGUCUGCUCGCUGUAGCAGCAGAGCGCUACAUGGCCAUCCUCAUGCCCUUCCAGUACCAGCGCGUCAUGAGUCCCCGGACUGCCCAGUUGGCCCUGCUGGUCACCUGGGCCCUGGGAGCCGUCUCCGGCUCUGUGCCGCUCAUGGACUGGAAGAGACAACCGGCAAACUCGAACUACUGUAUCUUCACUUGUGUGGUGGACAUGAACUACAUGGUGUACUUCAACUUCUUCUGCUGCCUCGUUGUGCCGCUGGUGGCCAUGUUCGUCAUCUACGGCCACAUCUUCGUCACCGUCCGCCGCCAGCUGAGACGCAUCGCCGUGGCCAGGGGCGCCGCCAGGGAGGCGGGAGGGAGCACCGGGACGGAUGACAUCGAGAGCUCUGUCACGGUGGGAACCCCGGGGGGCGGAGCGGAUCCCGCCACAGGCAGACAAGCACAUGAUGAGGCCGCGGCAUGUGAGGGCGGAGUCAGGGCUCAGGCAGAGGUGGAUUCCGGCAUCGGGUCAAGUGUUGAAACCCAGACUGCCGCGGCCUCUACAAAGCCAGGCCUAAGGAACGCCUGGGCGGGAUCUGCCAGCCCGGGCUCCGCCCCUGCCGACCCCGCUGCCGGGGAACCCAACGAGGCCAAAGCGGCCCUUCGCACCCGCCAGGAGACGCGCAAGGCCACCUCCCUCUUCCUCGUAGUGUUCCUCUUCAUGGUGUGCUGGAUGCCCAUCCAUGUCAUCAACUGCGUGCUGCUGUUUUGCCCACGGUGCGAAGUGCCCAUGUCCCUCACGCUGGCGGCCAUUUUGCUCUCCCACGUCAACUCGGCCCUCAACCCGAUCCUCUACGCGUACAGGAUGAGGUCCUUCCGAUACGCUUUGAUUGGGAUCCUGAGAGGAAUGUGGAGCUUUAGACCCAAACGGCAGUAG